UUAGAGCAAUUAUGGCUUCAGGUUAUCAAAGCAAACAUUUCUUAAAGAUUACUUAGCAUUUACCAUGAAUGGACAAACCCUCUCAUUUGCAUUGCCUAUUUUAAUUCUCUUACUCUUAUGGGCAAUAUGGAAGAAAUUCAAAACUAGCAGCAAACUUCUAAACCUACCCCCUGGACCACGGAAGCUUCCCAUAAUCGGGAAUUUACACCAGUUAAUUGGUGUUCUUCCCCAUCAUAAACUUAGAGACUUGGCAAGCAAAUAUGGAUCAGUUAUGCAGUUACAAUUUGGAGAAGUUCCGACAGUUAUUAUUUCUUCGCCAGAAAGUGCAAAACAAGUGCUGCAAACACAUGACAUCAUCUUCGCUCAUAGGCCCUUCCUCUUGGCUGCAGACAUCAUAUUAUAUAAGGCCGCGGAUCUUGCUUUUGCACCCUACGGGGACUACUAUAGGCAACUCCGAAAAAUUUGUACAUUAGAACUCUUUAGUUCAAAACGUGUCCAAUUCUUCCGCUUAAUCAGGGAAGAAGAGGUAUCAAAUUUCAUCAGAUCCAUUUCCUCUAGCACAGGAUCACCAAUCAACCUUACCAAAAUGUUACAUUCUUCAUCCUGUACUAUCACUCUAAGAGCAGCCUUUGGCAACAAAUGCGCGCUAGACAAUCAAGAGGAGUUCAUACUAGUUGUCCAGCAAGUUUUAAAGAUAGUUUCAGGGUUUAGCUUGGCUGACUUGUUUCCCUCUCUAAAAUGGCUCCAUGCGAUUACUGGUGUUCAAUACAGACUCACAAAACUGCGCCAAAAAGUUGAUCAUGUUCUUGAAAAGAUAAUCAAUGGACAUAAAAUCGCCAGAGCUACAUCAAAAACCAACACAGAGGAUGAAGACGUGCUCCAUGUUCUCUUAAAUCUUCAAGAGCAAAAGAAUCUUGCACUUCCCUUAACAACCAACAAUAUCAAAGCGGUUAUACUGGACAUUUUCAUUGGAGGAAUUGAUACAUCGGCUACAGUGAUAGAAUGGGCCAUGUCAGAAUUAAUAAGAAGUCCAAGAGUAAUGCAAAAAGCGCAAGCAGAGGUUCGACAAGUUUUUGACGGCAAAGGAAUUGUUGAUGAAACAAUGAUCGAUGAAUUAAAGUAUUUAAAGUUAGUUAUCAAAGAAACAUUAAGAUUACAUCCUCCUGCUCCGCUCUUAUUACCUAGGGAAGCUUGCGAGCAGUGCCAAAUCAGUGGAUUCGACAUUCCAGCCAAGACCAGAAUGUUUGUAAACGUGUGGGCAUUAGGAAGGGAUCCUAAUUAUUGGUAUGAAGCAGAAAAGUUUUUUCCAGAGAGAUUUAUUGGGAGUCCAAUUGAGUACAAGGGAGGCAAUUUUGAAUAUUUACCAUUUGGUUAUGGAAGGAGGACUUGCCCAGGUUCCUUAUUUGGCCUAGCGAAUGUAGAGCUUCCACUAGCCUACUUACUCUAUCAAUUUGAUUGGGAACUACCCAAUGCCAAGAACAAAGAAGAUCUAGACAUGGCUGAAGAGUUUAGUACAGUAGCUAGAAGACAAAAUGAUUUAUACCUAAUUCCAACCAUGUAGCAGUACUACAUAAGUGCUAGUUUGGUAUGAGCUGCAAAUUUUCAUAUCUUAUAAAUUAACUUGUGAUGAA